GCGGGACUUCCUCUCCGGCCCGGGGUGGGCCGGAUAUCCGCUUGGCUCCGCCGGAUGUUGACAGUUGGAGAGGCCGGGCUGAGGCUUAGACCCUCUUCCCCUUUUCAUCAUGGCGGAGGACAACGAAGAGCUGCCAAUGGAUGAAGAGAUUCUGGCUCCUGCUGAGGACAACCUGGAACAGCUGGAGAACGGCAGCCCCGCUGAACGCAGUGGCCACGUGGCUGUGACCGACGGGCAGUGUAUGUUCGUUUGGGGGGGAUAUAAGAAUGCACAAGUGAGAGAUUUUAAUGACUUCUAUCUGCCCAGAGAUGAAAUCUGGAUCUAUAACAUGGAAACUGGAAAAUGGACGAAACACAGAACGUCCGGGGAUGUUCCCCCUUCCAUGUCGGGAAGCUGUGCCGUCUGCCUGGACCACGUCUUGUAUCUGUUUGGAGGGCACCACGCGCGUGGGAACACAAACAAGUUCUACAUGCUGAAUUCCAGGACGAAGGACGAGGCCUUGCGGUGGGUCAGAGUGGAGUGCCAGGGGGUCCCCCCAUCGUCAAAGGACAAACUCGGAGUUUGGGCCUAUAAAAACAAGCUCGUCUUUUUCGGUGGCUACGGCUAUUACCCUGAAGGGGAACAGAUUGGAAAAUUUGAGUUUGAUGAAACCUCUUUUUGGAAUUCUGGUCUUCCUCGAGGAUGGAACGAUCACGUGCAUGUUCUGGACACGGAGAUGUUCACGUGGAGUCAGCCCGUCACCACGGGUAAAUCGCCAUCGCCCCGAGCAGCCCACGCCUGCGCCACGGUUGGCAACAGAGGCUACGUCUUUGGAGGCCGAUACCGAGAGUCUAGAAUGAACGAUCUCUACUACCUUGACCUGGACACCUGGGAGUGGCAUGAAAUAAUCGUGCAAGGCCUUAGUCCCGUUGGCCGUUCCUGGCAUUCGUUAACUCCCGUUUCGUCCGAUCAUCUCUUCCUCUUUGGCGGGUUCACCACAGACAAGCAGCCGCUCAGUGACGCCUGGGUCUAUUGUAUCAGUAAAAAUGAAUGGAUACAGUUCGAGCACAAUUAUACAGGGAAGCCCAGGCUCUGGCACACAGCCUGUGCGAGCGACGAGGGAGAGGUGAUCGUGUUUGGGGGCUGCGCCAACAACUUACUGGCCCAUCAGAAAGCCGAACACAGUAAUGAAAUCCUUGUGUUUUCUCUUCAGCCCAAAUCCCUCGUAAGGUACAGUCUGAAAACAACACUUAUCUCGUGCCCCUUAACCUAUUGAAUAUAUAAAGUGAGAAAUGGGGGGGGGAAUGGGCUUUCUUGUGGGAUGAUGCCAUCAGGGAAGUGAGGCUGAUGUUAUUCCACUGGAAGCCACCUUCCCCACCUGGAUGUCUGCGAGAGGGGGUUCAGCCCGG